AUGUACCCGCUUCCGCGAUUCAAACUAGGCGACUCAAAUUCAAGUUUGGAUGUAGCCGAGCAUUUGCAUAUUCUCGAUACUGUAAUUUUCUGUAGUGAAGAUGAUGUGAACCUCCCCUGCGCACCUUUCCCGGAGAAUAAUAUUGAUGUAGAACGCCUGAGCGACAGGCCAAAGAACUCGGACCAUGUAAUUGUAGCCCUCACCCGUACACCUGAUACAGGAGUUAGAAUUGCCAAUACAAACGUGAAAGCAGUAGUCUCGGAUCCGCAACAAGUUGUGGGGCAGCAAUCUGUUCCUCCCCUUCGAUCUAUACCUGCUCCGCGAGGGCCCCUUUCAAAGCCUGGAUCUGGUGGAUACGCACUUUUUGAUGAGCUCAAAUGGGACAGGUCUACAUAUACCAACAUUCAGACAAGUCUGCACGAGCUCUGUCAAGAGCAUUUUCAAAUUACUCUACCUUAUCACGAGCAAGAAGCUGACGCUCGCUUGGUUUUUCUUGCGACGGCCCGCCGUCGCUUUCCAAUGCUCGAGGCAUAUGUAAAUACUUGGCCAGCACGAGAUUUUGCGACCAUGUAUCUAAAGAAUACCUCCUCUCAGUGGCGAAGGAAGGCCAGAAUUGCAUGUAUAUAA